CCACCCAACGCAAACACAACCUUCCCCAUCUUCUCCUCUGUAUCUCUCCGAGCAUUACUUGCUUUCUCUCUCCGACAAUUUCUCUGUCUGAAACCAGAAACCCACCAUGCCUGAGGCACCAGACCACUCCAUAGACUACAACCUUGUAGAGAGCAACAGGAAAACUCUCGAGUUCAUCGAGGAUGUCACCUCCAACGCCGACCAAGUCCAGAGUAAUGUCCUCGCCGAAAUCCUGUCCCGUAAUGCCAACGUUGAAUACCUGCAGAGAUACGGCCUGAAUGGCGCCACCGACCGCGACACCUUCAAGAAGCUCCUCCCUGUCGUCUCCUACGAGGACAUCGAACCCGACAUUACCCGCAUCGCCAAUGGCGACACCUCCCCAAUCCUCUGUUCCAAACCCGUCUCUGAGUUCCUCACUAGUUCUGGGACUUCCGGCGGCGAGAGGAAGCUGAUGCCGACGAUCGAAGAAGAGCUCGGAAGAAGGUCGUUGCUUUACAGUCUGCUGAUGCCGGUGAUGAGCCAGUACGUUCCUGGGUUAGAGAAAGGAAAAGGAAUGUACUUUCUGUUCAUAAAAUCCGAAGCGAAAACGCCAGGAGGCCUAGUGGCUCGCCCUGUGUUGACGAGUUAUUACAAAAGCUCUUACUUUAAGGACAGACCCUACGAUCCCUACACCAACUACACCAGCCCCAACGAGACGGUCCUCUGUUCGGAUUCUUACCAGAGCAUGUAUUCUCAGUUGCUCUGCGGGCUGUGCCAACGCCACGAUGUCGUCCGGGUCGGCGCCGUUUUCGCCUCAGGCUUCAUUCGCGCCAUCCGCUUCCUGGAGAAACAUUGGGCCCUUCUCGCUAACGACAUCCGCACAGGAACCAUUAAUCCCCAGAUCACUGACACAUCGGUGCGAGGCUCUGUUAUGGAGAUCCUCAAACCCGACCCGGAACUCGCUGGCUUCAUCGAGUCCGAGUGUAGGAAGAGCUCGUGGCAGGGGAUUAUAACCAGGCUGUGGCCUAAUACUAAGUAUGUGGAUGUUAUUGUUACAGGCACAAUGUCACAGUACAUUCCUACGUUGGACUAUUACAGCAAUGGCCUCCCUCUCGUCUGUACCAUGUAUGCCUCCAGCGAGUGUUACUUCGGAGUCAACCUUAACCCUCUCUGCAAACCCAGCGAAGUCUCUUACACCCUCAUCCCCAACAUGUGCUACUUCGAAUUCCUCCCUGUAAAUCGCAGCAAUGGCGCUGUCAACGACAAGGACCAGAAAGAAUUGGUCGAGCUCGUAGAUGUUAAGGUCGGUCAAGAAUACGAGCUCGUCGUCACAACCUACGCCGGUUUGUACAGGUACAGAGUUGGGGACAUUCUGAGGGUGUCGGGGUUCAAGAACAAGGCGCCGCAAUUCCACUUCGUAUGUCGGAAAAACGUGGUUCUGAGCAUAGAUUCCGACAAGACGGACGAGGUUGAGCUUCAGAACGCGAUGAAGAACGCGGUGACUCAUCUGAUGCCAUUCGACGCGGCGGUUUCAGAGUACACGAGCUACGCCGACACGUCGACGAUCCCAGGGCACUACGUGCUCUACUGGGAAGUCAGCCUGAACGGGUCAACGCCAAUUCCGCCGUCGGUGUACGAGGAUUGCUGCCUGACGGUGGAGGAGUCACUGAACAGCGUGUACCGGCAAGGUCGUGUGUCGGACAAGUCGAUCGGACCGUUGGAGAUUAAGAUCGUGGAACAGGGGACGUUCGAUAAGCUUAUGGAUUAUGCAAUUAGUUUGGGAGCUUCGAUAAAUCAGUACAAGACACCGAGGUGUGUGAAGUUCAAGCCUGUGGUUGAGCUUUUGGAUUCGAGAGUCGUGAGUUCUUAUUUCAGUCCAAAGUGUCCCAAGUGGGCGCCGGGACACAAGCAAUGGAUUAAUCUGAAUAACUGAGGAUGUUGACGAGGAUGAAGAUGAUGAUGAUGGGUUCAUUAAUGCUGUUGGUCUUUUUAUUUCUUCUUCAAUUAGGUAAAUUAGUUACUUAAUUAGGGUAAUUUUAUGUUGAAGAAAGGCUCCAUUUUUAAGUUUGCUGCAUUUUCAAUUUGACUUUGCAUAGGGAGGGACCUCAUGAUCUUCUUCAGCUUCCACCACUACCUCUGUAAAAAGCAAUUCCUGUUUCAAACAGUCUUUCUUCUUUCUCCUCCUCCUCUUCUUCUCUUUCCAGUGAUGACUCAUUAUGUUGUUAGGUAAGGUUUGGUUGGAAUUAGAGUUUUGACUCUUUCUGGGAA